AUGAUACUUCAAUUCAAAUGUGAAAGAUUACACUACAUAAUAAACACUAACUAUAUUUUAACUUUGUAUAAGGACAGGCUCACUAUUGGGAACAAGAGUCAUCAAAAAUAUGAGUAUAAAUUUACACUCGAGAAUGUUUUACACUGGUAUGUGGAUAACCUUAAAUUAUAAGCUUUCGGGAUCGAAUACAAAGGGAUUAUCAAAUUCUUCAAGGCAAACACCAAAGAUUUAGAACAAUUAAGAAGCUUCUGCAGGAAUCUCAUAUGCUUUGAUAACAUAGUUGAGUUAUACAAACAAAUAGAUAUUGAUGACCCUUCAAGGAUAUAAGACCAAAUAUCGCUACAAUAAUUUGGACUGAAGAUUGUAACUUAGUAGCAGUUGCUAACCUAAGUCCCACUUGUACGAUAAUUGAAUCAUCAUGGAAUAAUUUCAUACCAUGAAUGUUUUCAAUAUAAGAGCCAAUAUUAUAUUGUAACAGAAUUCGUUGGAGGAAUUACAUUACAGAAAUUCGUGACAUAGAACCCCAAGUUGAGUCAUCUACAAUGCAGAGCCAUAAUACUUCAUCUGCUGAAGGCUGUCCAAUAUCUGCAUCAACAUUACGUCAUUCAUGCAACAAUCGAUAUUUAUCAUAUUAUUUACAAAUCAGAUUUUAUCAAAAUAAUCGACUUUUCUUAGGCUAAACAAAGCAACAACAUAGAUGAUUAGGACAUAAAGAAUUGUAGCCGAAUUCUAUUUUAUUUGUACACAGGGAAAGAAUAUAAUGAUAAAGAUUAUGAGCAGAAUAUUUAAACUCUAUAAAAUGCUUAGACACCAAAAUUAGCAUAGGAGCUUCUCCUGAGUAUGAUGACUGAUUAGAAUUUAAGUGUGCCUUAAAUCUUAGAGCAUCCCUACUUUUCCUUUUCCUUAAAUCCAUAAGAAAGGAAGAAGAGAUUUCAGUAAUUUUAGAGAGUGUAGAGGUCGACAUCAGAAAUGGAUGAUAGUGAUGCCAUCUCUUAGAGCAUACCUGAAUUGUAAACUAAUAAGAGUAAAUCAUUAAAGUAAUUAAUGUGA